AUGCGUCGAGAUAACAAGGGAGCUGCAGUUGCUGCUGCCAGAGCCGACGACGAUAAUAACAACAACAAGGGUUACUUCACAUACCGACCGCUUUCGAAUCUCCCCACCCCUCCUCCAACAUACAAGCGAACCAACCUGUCGGGCGCAGGUGCAUCGAGCAGCUUGGAAGAUGCAGAACCUUUGACGGCGAAAUAUCGAGGCCCGGCCGUCCACCUCGUCAACCUGAUCCCGUCAUCGGCUUCCUUGGCUGCAGCCUCGGUGCCCGUCGUGCAGGCAAUUCUGAGCCGCGCAGAUUUGCCCAUUGAGACGGUUGCCCUCGCCGUAUGCAUUCUUGACAGUUUGGGCAAGAAGUUUGCCCGCGCAUGGCGGCUGUCAUGUCCCUUACUCCCUGGAGCACUGCCGCCAUCGACAAGCAAACGACACACGCUUCCUCCCACGCCGCUUCUGUAUCAGCACCAGCAGCACCAAAUGCUUCAUAUCGACUCUGUUCCGCCCGAGCUCAUCAUUCUUGCGGCUCUCGUGAUUGCCGUCAAGUUCAUUGAGGAUCCUCAGCAAUUGACGCAAUACUAUUGCGAUGCAUGGGGCCGGGGGACAUGGUCACAUGAGCAGCUCAACGUUACUGAGCGCUGCAUUAUGGAGAGCCUCAACUAUCGGAUCAUGCCCCUAUGCGACGAAGACUGUCUGUCUGACGCCAUGGUGGAUAUGCAGCUAGCUGGGCAACAAGUCGACUGGGAUACACGAGAGCUCACACCACCGGAAAGCCUGGCGAGCAGCGACGGCGACAGCAACUUCAUUCUUGGCCACAAUCGGUCCAAGACCAUGAUACCGUCUACGGUGGCCUUGGGCCUCGGUCUAUCACUGACUCCCUCCGAAUCGCCAUGCGCCGGGUCGUCUGAGGCCAUGACGCCACAAACUGAAGCUCUCAGAAAUUCCUACUUUUAA